ACAUUGUAGGAGUACUUACUUUAGCAUGAAAUUUUCCGAUAUACUCAUAACUUAGUCAUAAAGUUACCAGUAUGACUUAUUAUCUGUUACUUAGGGUAUGGAGUUUGGAGCCUAAUCUUGUCUAUGUUUAUUUCUUAAAGGAAUAAGUUAUUGUUUUAUUAUUUUUGACAUUUCAUUGCUCUGUUAUAUCUUUAAAAGAGCUUGAUUCGUGUUGGUUUGUUUUAUUUUCUUUACAGGAACUGCCUAAUUGAUCUGGAGGAAGCAGUAUCAAGUGUAAUUUUUGCAUCUCCUAGAUGUGCGGACGUACCAGAACUCAUGGAUAUCCACAAGCAUUUCACAGCAAAAUAUGGAAAGGAGUUCAUCUCUGCAGCUGUUGAACUGCGCCCAGAUAGUGGUGUAAGCCGCAUGGUAAUAGAAAAAUUAUCCACCAAAUCACCUGAUGUCAAAUGGGAUCCCGAGGCAUUUGAAGAGAAGCCUCCUGAGGACCUUCUGAACGGACCAAAUACUUUUGGCAUGGCCAGUCUAGAUUCUGCUCCACCACCACCUACUCAUGAUGUCUGUGGACCUCCUAAUAUCCAAGUUAUGCCUAAUAGCAUGGCUAAUAAAGCUCAUGUGGAAGCUCCCCCUGGUUCCCUUCCACCUGAUAAACCUCCUAAUGCUGAAGUUCCACACAGAAAUUAUGAGUAUCAUGAUGGACCGAUGAACUCUAAUGAGCAGAGUGCAAGAUCAUCACCUUACUUGGAGGAUUCUGCUUCUACAAAUGUCUCUGCCAACAAAGCAACCACAUCUACCGCAUUUCAUCCAGAAACGGCAUCUUCAGGAUGCAGAAGUGAUCGAAUGGAAAUGCAUGGGGAUGAUAAUUCUUCGGGCAGGCAGAACUGGAACAUGCAAUUUAAGGAUGCUACCUCUGCAGCACAGGCAGCUGCUGAAUCAGCACAACGAGCAGGCAUCAAACCUGAGAAAAUUCCCUAACUUGGA